AUGUUGAAAAAUAUAUUGGAACAACAAAAGACCGGGGGGGUGGAGGAGAAGAUCCGGCCCCAGUGUUUCGGCCAACUGACCGAAAAAGGCAGUUGGAUCAUUCUCCACAUCGCGCGCCCAACAGAACCAACCCUCGACCCCCCCCUAGUCGCAGAUGGCAUCCCCACUGCGCAUCCCUCAGCCGUUCCUCCAGCACAUUGGUCAGAGCCAGAGGCUCGCAAGACUCUCGCUAGCCUUUGCUUGGUGAACCAUGCCUGGCAUGAGGCCGCAAAGCCUUGGUUGUGGCACAGGGUCGAAGUCCGGCUCCCACGAACAUGGCUAGCCUUCCUCGAACAAGUCGCCUGGAACUACGAACGAGAAACAGUCGAAACAGUCUUGGACCAAACCAUUAAGGCCGCCACCGACGCAGCCAUAGCUUCCUUCCACGACAGGGAGGAGGUCCUCAAGCUCGAGGAGAGCUUGCGCGACGACCUCGACGACGACCAGGUUCCCGACGAUUCUAUUUCAAUCGACUUGCUGUCACCUAUACCCUCUCGCAACCCCAGUCCCCGUCGACUCCGCCCCAAGAGCAAGUCCCCCGCCCGCUGGAAGAUUGUCCGUUCCAUCAGCGAUGCCAUUCGGGAUGCAAUGGAAGAGCGCAACCCCGGGAUGUACAUCCCUAGCCCUACCGAUCCCCGUCCAGGUCGCUUCGUGCGUCACCUCGACUUCAAUCACUUCCGCACUAUUGGCAUGCGUCGAUCAGUAGAGGAAGGUGUCAAUAGCCGUUUCGUCACAGGUGAAAGAAUCGAGGCUGUUCUCAAGGAGCUUCCAAAUUUGAUCCAGUUUGGCGCAACAGAGUACAUGGAUGGCGCACUCACCCUGCCUGUCCUCAAUGAACUCUUCUUACGUGGAGCACCCUCCGGUGGUCGAGGACGCCCUAGCCGAGGCCGUGCUAUCACCGAUGUGUGCGAGAUCGAAGAGGAAGAUAGGGAGAGAAGAAGAGAGUGUAAAGAUUUGGAGGCAGUUGACUUUACUGGCUGCAUCAGCCCCGUUUUUGUCAAUGCUUUCCAGGAAUUCGUGAGCACUCAUCUUCUCGCACCCCCCGAGUUAGAGACCGAGGAAGACGAUGAUGAUAACCGUCGUCACCGUCUCGCUCGCGCAGCUAUGGCUGAGCCAUUGACCUUCCCUGGUCUGCGAAGACUGGGGAUGCGUGGUGUCAAGUCUGCACCAGCAGGCUACUUGGGUCCUUUCCUUUUGGCUUUCCCCAACCUCACCCAUCUCGAUGUCUCAGGUACUCGCAUCACAUCGGAGAUUCUCGAUAUGCUUGGUGCCUCUCCUACCCUUCGCCUCAAGUCUCUGGCUCUGGCUCGUUGCAUCAAGCUCUCUAGUGAGAGCAUCAGGCGCUUCCUUGUCGAUUCUCCUGUUACUUCCGAGUUAACAGAGCUCAACUUGUACUGUGACAUGACCUACGUCUCUCCUCUCAACCAGGAAGACCUCGAGGCUAUCAUCACACGCGCUCCCGCUCUCACCAACGGCCAGCUGGUCUAUCUCGAUUUGUCCAGCGCUCCACUUACUCCUGGUAUGCUCGAGAAGGCCAAACCAUUCCCCAAGCUUCGGUCCCUCGGUCUCUCUCAUAUUACUCAGCUCGACCUCUCCGCCAUCUCCAAGUUUAUCUUGGACAAGGCUCCCAAUGUCGAGGUCCUUACGUUGAUCAACACCUCCCCCGACAUGGAUAUUACCGGUUCUAGACAAGCCUCCAUGCAUCUCCAUAACAAGAUCAUCCGCCCCCUCUGCACGCCACCAUUCAGGUUCAGUAUCUCAGGCGCGUCUGCUCCAGCCAUCGCACCCACCCGUCUCCGCGUCAUCGAGCUCUCCAACGCUAUGCUGAAUCAAUUGGGAGCUGGUGGAGGCGCAUGGCGCAUCAUCCGCAGCAAGGGUGGUCGUGGCUGGUAUGUCGACACUGCUUCGGGCUGGGUUGCAGAGGCUGGGUCUGGCCAGGGUAGUGUGCUUCGAAGGGAUUUGCCCGAGGACCACCCGUUCCGCGUCCAAAUGGAAAGACUUUCGAGCGCCAACGGAAAUGUCAGCAGUGGUGUAGGUUGGCAUGCGCGUAAGAUGGAGGUCCUUCAUGGAUAUGGAAUGUUGGGACGGGAGGAGGGUCUCUAUGGCGCCGUCUCUUUUGCGUACCAGGGUUAG